AUGGAAAAAGAACCGUUUGAAAUGACGGACGGAAACGAUGAAAAUGACGUCAGAUUGGUCGGCAGUGCCACUGAAGGUGUUGUAGAAGUGUAUGUAAAUGGAUGGAAAGCUAUCUGCUCUAAUAACUGGAAUAUGGAUGCUGCUCAAGUCGUCUGCCACCAGCUCGGCUUCCCAUCAGCUGCAAGUGUAACGAGACUGACGGGCACAGGCGUGAAUUCAUCUAUCUACUAUAACGGUAUCACCUGUUCGAUCUCUGCAGACAGCCUCAGUUCUUGCAAGCUUCAAAUAUGCCGUGGAGAUAGCUGUUGUCAUGGAUCACAACCUUUCGCUGGAGUUGUCUGCCAAGAUUGGGAAGUUCGCGUUGUAAAUGGGGACGAAUACAGUGGUAUAGUCGAAGUCAGCUAUGGAUUAGGAUGGGGCACAAUAUGCGAAGAUAAUUGGUUGUUGAUUGACGCCGACGUAGUGUGCCAAACACUGGGUUUUCCAGGUGCUGAGCGACAAUCUCAUGCCAAUGAGUUUGAGUCAAGUCCUAGGCCUGUGAAAUAUAGCAAAGUCGAUUGCAGUGGGACAGAAAUGCAUUUGAGGCAGUGCACUUUAAGCACAUCCGGUCUAUCUGCUAACUGUGGGGAAGGCUACACUAUAGCAAGUGUGGUGUGUAAAAAGCCCUUUCGAUUGGAGGACGGACCUAAUGAACGAGAAGGUCGUGUAGUUGUAUACGUGAAUGGUGUAUGGAGUAGGGUAUGCGACAUCGGGUGGGACCUAACAGACGCUGACGUCCUGUGUUCCAGUCUCGGCUUACCAGGUGCUCGUGAAGCCCCUGGGGAAAGCCAGUACGGGGAAGGCGACGACGGCGACGUUUCAUUAAUGGAAGAUUUAGGGUGCUUUGGAAAUGAAUCGUCAAUACUACAUUGCAGUCGAAAGAUGAUUAUCAGCGAUGAAUGCGCACACAACCACGAUGCCGGUGUUAUUUGCUAUGAUUUAGAUGAAUGCAGUUCGAAUCCAUGUUUUAACGGCGGAAUAUGUAAUGAUACCAUAAUUGGAUACGUGUGCAUCUGUCCAUCUGGAUACGAAGGAACUGGCUGCGAAGAUGAAAUAGAUGAAUGCUCGUCAAAUCCAUGUAAAAACGAAGCGGCGUGCACUCACUCGAUCGGUGCAUUUGAAUGUCAAUGUCUCCCAGGUUAUAGCGGAACGAUAUGCGAAAUUGAUAUAGAUGAGUGUGGCUCAAGCCCAUGUGAAAACCAAGGAAUAUGUGCUGAUUCAAUAAAUGCGUUUACGUGCAACUGUCUACCUGGGUUUACGGGUGACUUUUGUGAAAUAAAUAGUGACGAGUGUGAGUCGGCACCGUGUAAGAACGGAGGUGUUUGCGUUGACAGUGUCAAUGGCUUCCAUUGUGAAUGUGCUAGUGGGUUCACACAUUUGUUUUGUGGGACAGACAUCAAUGAAUGCAGCUCGAAUCCAUGUCUCAAUGGAGCUGAGUGCUAUGACCAAGUUGACGGUUACAACUGCACGUGCUUGGAAGGCUACACCGGCAAUACAUGUGGAAUAGAUGUAGACGAAUGCCAGUCAAACCCGUGUUCAGCUAAUGGAAUUUGCAGAGACGAAAUUGCUGGUUUUACCUGUCAAUGCAACAAUGGCUUCACUGGAGAGCUCUGUGAAAUAGACCACAACGAGUGUUUGUCUUCCCCGUGUUUGCAUGGGCUUUGCAGUGAUGAGAUCAAUAGCUUUAAUUGCACUUGUGAUAUCGGCUUUGAAGGCAUUAUUUGCGACACAGAUAUUAAUGAAUGUUUGUCUAACCCUUGCCAACACGAUGGAGUUUGCAUCGAGGGUAUUGGCCAAUUUACCUGUGAUUGUCCAUUCGGAUUUGAUGGAAGGUUAUGUGAAAACGAUGUCGAUAAUUGUUCCGAUCAACCUUGUUUUAAUGGAGGCACUUGUCUGAACAGAAGAGGUCUUGAUAUUGGAUUCGAGUGUACAUGCGCAUCUGGAUUUAGUGGACCUACCUGCCAAACAAAUAUAAAUGAAUGCGCGUCGAAUCCGUGCCAAAAUGGCGGUAGAUGCCACGACUGGAUUAACGACUACCAAUGCGACUGUGUACAAGGCUAUUCAGGAAAGUCUUGUGAAACAGAAAUUGAUGAAUGUAAUUCACAUCCGUGCCUAAACCGUGGUUCCUGUAUCGACCAUGUCAACGGGUUCUCAUGUAUUUGUAAAGAUGGAUUUUCUGGGACAGUUUGCCAAACAAAUUUGAAUGAAUGUUUGUCUAGUCCAUGUUUAAAUGGAGGGCAUUGCAUAGACGGAGACGGGUUUUUCGUUUGUUCAUGUGAAGGUGGCUACAACGGGAAUCGAUGUGAGCUAGGUAGCGUACAAUUAGUCAAUGGUACAAGUCCAUAUGAUGGUAGAGUCGAGAUAUUUUACAACAAUGAAUGGGGGACUGUAUGCAACACAUCGUGGGACUUAAAUGAGGCCAGGGUUGUGUGUCGUCAGAUAAGCUCACCUGGUGCUAUGCGAGCUUUCGGGGUAUCUCCGUACGGUGCCGGGAGUGGAACUAUUGUCCUUGAUGACGUCACUUGCUCCGGCUAUGAGGAAAACCUGGGGGAUUGUCAGCGUAAGGGAACCGGUGUUAAUAACUGCAACCACGAACAGGACGCUGGAGUGCAAUGUUUACUUGGCAUUCGUCUCGUUGGGGGCACAAGCAGUUUAGAAGGAAGAGUUGAGGUUUAUCGGAACAAUGGUUGGGGCACUGUAUGUGAUGAUGACUGGGAUAUCACCGACGCUUACGUUGUAUGUCGUGAACUGGGAUUUGCAGGGGCCCUAGAGGCCGUUAGUGGUGGAAGCCGCUUUGAACGAGGGACUGGGGAUAUUCUCCUUGACAACGUAGCCUGCUUUGGAAACGAAACUCGACUGGUUAACUGUGGUCACACAGAACAUGGUAUUCAGCACUGUGAUCAUAAUGAAGACGCUGGAGUGAUUUGUAUAAAUUCUUCUUUGGUCCGGCUUGUAGAUGGUCCUGUUCCUUAUGAGGGCAGAGUAGAGGUUAACAUCGCCGGAGAGUGGGGAACUGUAUGUGACCACAUGUGGGAUUUGCCAGACGCCCAGGUUGUCUGUCGCCAGCUGGGAUACCCAAGUGCUAUUGCGGCUCCCUGUGGAGCCGUUUAUGGUGAAGGUAGCGGCAGUAUAAUUAUGGAUAACGUCAGAUGUUCUGGUCAAGAAACACAAUUAGUACAGUGCCCUCAGGGUAUACCGAAUCAGCACCAUCAUACGUGUGGACAUAAUGAAGAUGCAAGUGUAGUUUGUGUUAAUAACAUUCGUCUGGUUAAUGGAAGUAAAGCAACAGAAGGACGCGUGGAAGUGUUCCUGAACGGACAAUGGGGAACCAUUUGUGACGAUUACUUCGACAUUGAAGAUGCUCACGUUGUCUGUAGACAGCUAGGCUACUGGGAAGCAACAUCUUUCCAUGGAAAUGCUCGCUUUGGCGAAGGAGGUUGGCCCAUUCUCUUGGAUAAUUUACAUUGUAAUGGCAAUGAGAGGAGAAUAUCAGAUUGCGAUCAUUCAGGCCUUGGGGUUCAUAACUGCUUCCAUACCGAAGAUAUCAGCGUGGCUUGCAAGGUUCGAGUUCGCCUUGAAGGUGGACCUAGUGGCUCGGAGGGACGUGUUGAGUUGUACGUAGAAGGUGGAUGGGGAACAGUAUGUGAUGACAAUUGGGAUCGCAAUGAUGGUGAUGUCGUCUGCAGAGAGCUAGGAUAUCAACGGUCUGUACGUGUGACAACGCAAGCAUCAUUCGGCGUUGGCACUGGCUAUAUCAUCCUGGACGAUGUCGAUUGCUCAGGUGUGGAAGACUCUCUUAUAGAUUGUGGACACCGUGGGCUUGGAACUCACAAUUGUCAACACUCUGAAGAUGCUGGUGUCGUCUGCCUUGCUAAUGAUGUUGUGCGUCUUGUCGGUGGUUCUGUUGAAAGCGAAGGGCGAGUCGAAAUCUUUCACGACGCCCAAUGGGGAACAGUUUGCGAUGACAGUUGGGAUAUAACGGAUGCAACUGUGGCUUGUCGUCAGUUGGGAUAUUUACGUGCAAUCGAAGCACCAGGAAGUGCCGUGUAUGGGCCAGGAGAGCCUGGCUCUCCGAUUUUCUUGGAUGACGUAGCUUGUUCUGUGUCAGAUAUUGAUCUUUUUGAUUGCAGUCACCGAGGAUUAGGUGUGCACAAUUGCAACCAUGGAGAAGACGCCGGUGCUGUUUGCAUUGGAAGUUCUAUUAUUCGAUUAGUUGGAGGCACGCUCGAAAGUGAAGGUCGUGUUGAAAUUUUAUUGGACGGGCAAUGGGGUACGGUUUGCGAUGACGGAUGGGAUCAACUUGAAGCAAAUGUCGUCUGCCAGCAGCUUGACUUCCCGGGUGCUAUUUCAGCCGUCUCUGGGUCGGAAUAUGGCCAAGGUAUUGGACCGAUUCAUUUAAAUCAGGUGCAAUGUACCGGUAACGAGCGAAGGCUAGAUCGCUGUGACCAUGUCGGUCAGACGUCUUCGUGCGGACACCAUAACGACGCAGGAGUUAUAUGUCACCCAAGAGUUCGCUUAGUUGGUGGCUUAAACUCAUUUGACGGGCGUGUGGAAUACUAUUACAACGGUAGAUGGGGAACUGUUUGUGAUGAUAACUGGGAUCGCAGUGACGCGACUGUAGCAUGUCGUGAGCUUGGCUUUGGAUCCGCAUUGGAAGCUACUAGGAGUGCAACCUUUGGUUCUGGUACUGGCAUUAUACAACUCGAUGAAGUUCAGUGUCAUGGAUAUGAAACAAACUUGGCUGCGUGCAAUCAUAACGGAUGGGGGCAGCAUAACUGCGGACAUCACGAGGACGCAGGUGUCCGAUGCGGACUUUCAGUGCGCCUUGUUGGUGGUGCCACCGCCUCAGAAGGCCGUGUUGAAGUUUUCUACCAGGGUAAAUGGGGGACAAUCUGUGACGAUGAGUGGGGAAUUGAAGACGCAACCGUAGUGUGUGCUUCAUUAUCGUAUGAUGGGGUCAGUGUGGCUUAUUCAAGAGCUCAUUUUGGAGAAGGAAGUGGGCCGAUAUUGCUUGAUAAUGUCCGCUGUGUUGGUUCUGAAACAAGUCUGAGUCGUUGUCGAUCUAAUUCAAUUGGAAAUCAUAACUGCGGACAUGGUGAAGAUGCCGGUGUUCGGUGUUCCUCGUCUGAAUCCAUACGUUUAGUCGGUGGAAGUGGCAACCAUGAGGGAAGAGUUGAGGUAUAUAUGGAUGGCCAAUGGGGGACAGUCUGUGAUGAUAGCUGGGAUUUAAAUGAUGCGAACGUUGUGUGCAGACAGUUAGGGUAUAUUGGGGCCCUAUCUGCACCUAUGUCGGCAACAUUCGGGCAAGGCAGUGGACCUAUACUCUUAGAUGACGUGAGUUGUAGUGGGUCCGAGACGAGUCUGCUCGAAUGUAAUCACAAUGGACAAGGAAACCACAACUGCAGACAUUCAGAGGACGCAGGAGCUAUCUGCUCUAUUAAUGGGCCCGUGCGACUACGAGGUGGCCUAACACCAAAUCAGGGCCGUGUCGAGGUAUUCCACAGUGGCGUGUGGGGUACUGUUUGUGACGACAGUUGGGGCAUAACAGACGGAACUGUUGUCUGCAAGCAGCUUGGUUAUCCUGGAGCGCGUCGAAUAAGGACAAAUGCAUUUUUUGGCCAAGGAACUGGACCUAUAUAUUUGGACGAUGUUCGGUGUACUGGACAAGAAACUUCGAUUACACUGUGUCAACAUCCAGGUAUAGGAAUCCACAAUUGUUACCACACAGAAGACGCCGGCGUGGAAUGCAUCGAAUUAGUUAGACUGGUUGGCGGAAGUGUUGCCGGUCGAGGCCGAGUUGAGGUGUUCGUUGAUGGUGAAUGGGGCACCGUGUGUGACGAUUCGUGGGACUUAAAUGAUGCCCAGGUCGUGUGUCGAGAACUAGGCUACGCGUCAGCUUCCGAGGCAACUACGUCAGCAAGUUUUGGAGCUGGAUCUGGAAACAUUAACCUUGAUGAUGUUCGAUGCAUUGGUGAUGAGCCAAGCGUGCUCGAGUGUAAUCACGCUGGAACACGCGUCCAUAAUUGUAACCACAAUGAAGAUGCUGGUGUAGUUUGUACGAACUCUGUUGCUGUUCGCUUGGUUGGUGGAAGUACAAGCAGAGAAGGUCGAGUUGAAGUUCAGAUAAAUGGCAUAUGGGGGACAGUGUGUGACGAUGCAUGGGGAAUAUCGGAUGCUAAUGUAAUAUGUCGACAACUUGCGCUUGGAACAGCAGUCUCUGCACCAACAAAUGCUCACUUUGGACAGGGCACUGGUCAGAUUCAUCUUGAUGAUGUUCAUUGCAAUGGGAACGAGGACUCAAUCAUUGAUUGUCCACACGGCGGCGUCGGCGUACAUAAUUGCCAACAUAGCGAAGACGCCAGUGUGGUAUGUUCACAGAAUGUUAAUGUGAGGCUUAGCGGUUCCAUUCUUCCUGGAUGGGGUCGUGUUGAGAUAAUGCGACAUGGUGUUUGGGGCACAAUAUGUGACGACAGAUGGGAUAUUAACGACGCUCGAGUUAUCUGCAGAAUGCUCGGUUUUACGGAUGCCGUUGGGUGUUUAAGCUUUGGACCUGGCAUAGGACCAAUCUGGCUUGAUGAAGUCAAUUGUUCCGGGGAUGAGAACAACAUCGCUGACUGCUCUCAUAUUGGCUGGGGAAACCACAACUGCAAUCACUCAGAAGAUGCUGGAGUUACGUGUUCCUGGAUCUAAGACGUGCAUUAUGAAUUCCACUAACGUGAUAUGUUCAGAUAUUUUGUAGGUUAUUAUAUUCUGUAGGCUAAAGGCGAUUUUAUUUCGCCCAACUAUUGAAAAUACUAUUUUUAAUCAGUACGGAGUGUUAAGGUGCUACACAAUCAAACAGGAGGAUAAUAAAAGUACAAUAAUCUAUAGAUUUUAAUUUCCAAACAUUCUGUAUAGGUCUACAUCACGUGCUUAUGAAAUAAGUAUCAAGGAUUGAGGCCUAAAAAUCAUGCUUUAAACGAUAGGUCUACAAUAUUCCUUUUAAAUAUUUUUUUAAAUACGGUAAAUUGCGUCAGUUGUAAAUUAUACAUCAUUUUGUUAAUUUACUGUACUACAGGUUCCCCUCCCCCCCCCCUCCCCGCCCGGCCUGCUUCGCUUCUUAUUUUGAAAUAUUAAAAUGUUUUAUAUGUACAUUCUAUACAUUGUAGAUUCUUUAAACGCCUCAGAGGUUUUUUUUCGGGCGUCUAGAAAACACAAAUUUCGCGGGGGCAUUCCCCCGGACCCCCUAGGGUGGUGCUAUCUCGAUCGGCCUCCUUUCUUCCCCCUUUCGGACAUCUUUCGAUCCGCCCCGAUAAUCCAAAAAAUUGUCAAUGUCAAAAGGCAAAUAUUAUUGACAAUUAGAGUAACCGUGCAUUAUGUUUACUUUGUAGGUAGAUAUACAUAAUGCGUGUAGGCCUGUAAUAUUUGAGCUAUAGGCUUAUACAAAGUUUUGUACUAAAAUUUUGAAUAUAGUAUGGGAAAUAAAUUAGUUUGUUAGAGAAUGAUAUUACAGUAUUUGCCAAGGGAACCGAUAAAUACAGGUCAUUAAUGCUGUAAAUACGUUGGCUUAUAUUUUUUCAUUGAUUGAGAAUGUCUGUCAUAUGUAUUUGUGAGUUGGGCUAUUUAAUACCAUAUUUGACUUGGUUACUUGCUUUAGUAAUGUCAAUGCCGUGAUUGAAAUAAAUAUGUAUGUGUGUAUCAAAUGAUGCGAAAUCAGUUCAUUCUGUGCUCUCAUUUCAACCAUUAUACACCUAGUGGUUAAGUAUAUGUUGUCAGCCUGACCAUGGUGACGUCAUCCAGUUGAUAGCAUCAACAAAGAAUCAACAACUUCUUAUUGCCAAGGUUACUUUUGAUUUCUGAAGUUUUACACAAGAAUUAAUCAUAAUGUAUCAUCAUCAAUGUCCAUUUACAUCUGACAGAUUUAUUUAUUUAUAAAUGGACCUUUCUAAUGUGUCAAUCAUAACAAGCGCUCAAUCAGAGGACGUGCAAGUAAAUAGGCGGGCGCAUGCUUCGCAUACACACAUUUACGAUAUUACAUAUUAAGCUGGGCUCUCACUGUGUCGUACGCGACGGUCGUACGACGAAUCAACCCCAUGUGAGCGCUAAACGACGUGAUACCGGUCAGUACGGUUGGUCAGGUUUCACACUGACUACUUUAAGACAGACCACAUAUUAAUUGAUUAGGUUUUGAAUUGGAAAGAGGGCUAAAUUCCACCUGUAUGUUUAGACUCAAUCAAGUUCCUCUUGACAAAACCCAGGAACCACAUGCCUGUGAACUAGUUUAUAUUAUUUCCUUUUCUUUAGUAUAUGGUAUAAAUGAUAGAUUAAAAACUAGGAUGCUUUUUUCACCAGGCCGCGGCCCAACCAUGCCAGGGACCAACAAACCAAUAAGAGGUUUUGAUCAUGAUGAUGUCAAUGUUCUGAUGAUAUACAAUAAUUUAACAUCAUUAUCCGUUCUGUCAGUGACAAAAUUUCAACGUGCAUUAUACAAAUUAAAUAGUAUAGUUUAUUAAAGAAAAAGUACCGUA